AUGAUCGCGCCUCAUGUUUGCCUGCGAUGCUCUCGACAGCUCCUCCGCUGGAAUUACCAGCGUCGCAGCUUAGGCUUCGUCUCGCUGGGCCAGCUUGUUGGCCGCGACGAUGACAACAGGAUAACGCCCCAAGAGGUGCCGUUGGCCAAUGGCGACCCCGCGGCAGUCGGAUUGCCUCAUCGAAAGAAGAGAUUGACGUUCGCUCAGAAAUACCAAGAACAGCGAAAACCAAAGGGCGUCGACAAAGUUCUGGAGACGCUCUUUGCAUCCAAUCGCGAAAAUGAGCAAACAACAGAGAGAUCCCGAUAUUCUCGGACCCCCAAGGUCCACUCCGCCAAGGCUGCGGCAAUCGAAAUUUCAGCAAUCGAAAGGUCUAUAGAAGUUCGCCUUCGGCAGUUAGACAACAGGCUGCUUCGAGGAACCGCGCCAUUGCAGGAGAUCUGGAAAGAAUGCGAAUGUCUGCUUGGCGAGAGAAAGAAGAUUCGCAAGAACACUAUGGCAACUGGCGAUUAUAAAUCGUUCUUCAGCUCCACGUCGGUCGAUACGCCAGCCAACUUUCGCACCUUCCGAGAUGUUCUAGUAGCUAUCUGUCAAAAGCAGCGUCUUGUGAUAGAACAUCAAGACUUUACCCCGGCAGACGCAAUUAAAACAUACGUGAAAUAUGGUGCGAUGAGACACUGGUGGCAUCUGGUAUUGUGGCGUCAACUUGGACACGUGCUACAAUUGAGAUAUCAGUCUGCAAACGACACCGUCGGAGCGGAAUCAGAUAAGAGAACACGUACUCUAUUGGGCGAGAUUCUCGGAGUAUGGAGUGUGUACAUCGGGGAGCAUUGGUUGUAUCCUAGUGUAGUUUCGGUGCCUCUUUCAGGGGACUCUAAUAAAGGGUAUAAUAAGACUUCGACAUCGGAGGGUUUCUCAAGCUCCUUCCCCAAGCGACUAUCCAAAAACCCAACUGUUGAAAUCGAGGUAGCUGCCGCGAUGACACUCGAGUGUCUGAAAGCGGCCGGGAUGAGAGCCCCAUUGCAAAUUAUGAGUCUACCCAAUCGAUUCGGCCAAGCCCCGGAACGAGAUCGAUCAAUCACCACCAGGUGCCUGCUUCACGCAGGGGUUUCUUCCCAGAUCAUCGAAAAGGCUCUAGAAGGGUGGGAGUCUCUUCCCUCGCCAAUGCCAACGGAGAUACUGGAGCCAACCGAGAAUUACAAAAAAUCAAGCAUUUUCGAAGAUCUCGUGGGUCCAUCUCAAACGAGGCAGGAUGUGGACUGGAGCGAAAAGGGACUGGGUGCAGGCCUUGCAGAGAUAGACAAAGCGUCGAAGCAGAUUCUGUACUCAAAGCGAACAGAUACAGAACGCGCUGUAGAACUAUGGCGUCAAUUCCAAGCGUAUCUCGAAGCAGGUAAGUCGGAAGAUAAAGCCGACUCAACCGACCAACUCUAUGCCCGGUUCCUUCGCACUUUCUGGGCACUACGUCGUCACGACCACGCAAUUGAAGUCUGGAAUCACAUGAUCAACUCGGGCCAUCUACCAGGUCAGAGACACUGGUCUGCCAUGCUCACAGGCUGCGUUCAAGCCAAAGACGUCGAAUCUCUCCAGAAUAUAUGGACCAACAUGCUACGGUCAGGCAUGCCACCAGACACCCAUGCCUGGACAACCUACAUCCACGGUCUUAUCGACUGCCGUAAAUGGAAAGAAGGACUAAAUGCACUCGAACAUCUGGGCCGAAUCUGGAAAUCAGCACCGCCCCUCAAAUCUUCCGACACCGUAGCCGACAGGACGGUUGGGACCAUUACCGCAGACGAAGAGCAAAGCACUGAGAAGCCCAAAGACGACACCAUCCUGCGGCCCACCGUCGCUCCCAUCAAUGCCGCUCUAUCCGCUCUAAUCCACAUCAAUAUGCCUGUUCUACUCCCUCGCGUCCUCGCCUGGGCCCGAUUCCAUCAAGUCUCCCUCUCAACCGUCACCUUCAACAUCCUGCUCCGGCCCAUCGUCCGCGACGGCUCUCAAGCCUCCCUCCAAGCCCACCUCCAGCAAAUGGCCGAUGCAAAUUGCAUCCCCGACGUCGCAACCUUCAGUAUGAUCCUAAACGGACUGGUGUCAAACCCAACAUCCACAUUCCACACCCUGCCCCCCGAGGCGCAGGAAAGUACCAUCACGUCCAUCCUCGCAGAUAUGGGCAGGCAGGGCAUCGAGCCAGACAAGUUUACCUACGGCACCCUCCUCGACGGCUUGCUCACCCCAGAGAAUAAAACGCUAUCUUACAACUUCACCCCCAAUGUCCCAGCCGCGCGCACCAUUCUCGCUCACAUGGCCGCCCGCAACAUCCACCCUUCCUCCCCCAUCUACACGAUACUAAUAACACAUUACUUCACCCGUCGCCCUCUCCCCGACCUCCCCGCCAUCUCCUCCCUUUGGUCGUCCAUUGUUCACUCGGGCCAGAUGAAAUAUUUAGACAACAUUUUCUUUGACCGUCUCAUCGAAGGCUACGCUGAUAAUGACAAGAUUGAAGAAUCGUUGAAGUUUCUAAGAAUGAUGCCAGAGCAGGGCAAGAGUCCCGGGUGGAGGGCAUUGGCUAGGUUGCUGAGGGCAUUGGUGAGGGCAAGGGAGUGGGGACUGUGUAGGGAGUUGGUGGAGGAUGUGGAGUGGGAGGGGGGUUUGUUGAGGUUUGGGCAGGGGAGGAUGCGGGCGAGGCACAGGGUGGAGUUCUGGGAAUUGGUGGAUAUUUUGAGGGAGAGGGGGCUUGUAAAGAUGGGGGAUGAAGAAAGAUGA